AUGCAUGCUGUCCAGCGCAGCGAGCCGGGCAACCGCAAGGUUGUGGCCAAGGCCCGUCGCCGUGUGGGGAGGAUCAACUCCUCCCUAGAGCAACAACGCCUCCACCACCUCUUCGACACCGAUGAGAAGGUGUGUGUUAAGAGCAUCCUGGCGACGGCUCGGUCCAAGCGCGAGGCAGAUGAGGCUGCAGCUACGUCAUCCGCUACCACUGCACCUCCGCUGGACUGA